UUAACAAUGUUCCCUAGGCAAAGCCGUCUAAUUAAAUCUCUCCCUCUCUAUCUCUCUCUCUCUCUCUUGUCUCUGUUUCUCUCUGCUUUUUUUCUUGCUACAGUUUCUCUCUGCUUUCUAUUCCGGCUAUGGUGGUGAAGUUUGUGUGAGAGCGUUGGAUUCCUGUAAUUUGUAGAGUUCUAAGAACUGAGAGAGGAACAGUGAGGAGAUUUUCAGAGAGGAACAAAAGGGAUUAAGGAGCGCAAAAAAGGGGAAAAACUGCAGAGUCUGAGAGAGAGAUACACGCCGGAGAUGCUCUUCCUGCGUCUGAAACACGGCGUAGGCGAGUAAAUGCAGUGCUGAACGCUGAAGGAGAGUGAGUGACGGAGGGGGGAAAAAUGCGUGAGGGACUGUUAUGUGAUGAGACUAAUGAUGUUAUCUCCGGCAUUAACAAGAAGAAGAAAUCGGAGGAGGAUAAGGAUGACAAUGAUGCUGGGAAGUUGACUCGGCUUCCUCAGGUGGUUGUUGCUCCGCCUGUGGUAAUCGUCGGUCGGAAUCGGUCACAAGCUGGGAAUAGGAGGGUGACUCCGACGACGAUUAUAACUACGCAAUCUACUCUGACGACUGCUGUUUCUGAGACUGCUGGAGCUCUGGUUGCUGCUACGACGACUGCGGCGGCGACCGCGGUAGAGAAGCCUCUGCCGAACGGAGAUCUUUAUACGGGAAGUUUCUCGGGCGGUGUACCACACGGAUUAGGGAAGUAUUUGUGGACCGACGGGUGUAUGUAUGAGGGUGAGUGGAGGCGAGGUAAGGCCUCGGGGAAGGGGAAAUUCUCUUGGCCUUCUGGAGCUACCUACGAAGGCGAAUUCAAAUCUGGUCGAAUGGAGGGCGUUGGUACUUUUAUUGGAUCUGAUGGCGAUUCGUAUCGCGGAUCAUGGAGUUCAGAUCGGAAACAUGGACUCGGCCAGAAACGGUAUGCUAACGGCGAUUUCUACGAAGGGACUUGGAAGAGGAAUCUCCAAGACGGCCAUGGUCGGUACGUUUGGAAGCACGGGAACGAGUACGUCGGCGAGUGGAAGAACGGCGUGAUUUCUGGUCGGGGAGUCUUAAUCUGGGCGAAUGGGAACCGAUACGAUGGACAAUGGGAAAACGGAGUUUCUAAAGGGAACGGUACGUUCACUUGUGCUGAUAGCAGCUGGAAUAAGAACAUGAAAAUCCAUCACCUGAAUGGGACUUUCUAUUCAAGAAAUGGAAGCAAUCUUGGCUUCAAGAGCAAUGGACUGCUUGAGAAUGAGAACCUAACCAUCACAUUACGGAAGAGAUCAUCGGUGGAUAUUGCGAGAGGGAGUGUGACAGAGAGGAAUUUCCCGAGGAUUUGCAUAUGGGAAUCCGAUGGUGAAGCUGGAGAUAUCACCUGUGAUAUAAUUGAUAAUGUAGAGGCGUCGAUGUUGUAUAUGAAUGGGUUAGAUUUAGAUCAAGAUCUUUUUAAGCAGUUUAGGAGGAGCCCCUGCUGCUUCACCGGCGAGGCCAAGAAACCAGGCCAGACGAUUUCUAAAGGACACAAGAAUUAUGAACUGAUGCUUAAUCUCCAGUUGGGUAUCAGACAUUCCGUUGGGAAGCAUUCUUCAGUAGUGCGAGAGCUUAAGCCCAGUGAUUUUGAUCCAAGGGAGAAAUUCUGGACGCGGUUCCCAACUGAAGGGUCGAAGACUACGCCGCCCCACACAUCGGUCGAGUUUCGUUGGAAGGACUACUGUCCCGUGGUGUUUAGAUGCUUGAGGGAGCUAUUCCAAGUUGAUCCUGCUGAUUACAUGCUAGCAAUAUGCGGGAAUGAUGCCCUCAGGGAGUUUUCUUCGCCAGGCAAGAGUGGAAGUUUCUUUUACCUCACCCAGGAUGAUAGAUUCAUGAUAAAAACAGUGAAGAAAUCUGAAGUCAAGGUUCUAAUUAGGAUGCUUGCAAGCUAUUAUCAGCAUGUCUCCCGCUAUGAAGAUUCCCUUGUGACAAAAUUUUUUGGUGUACACUGUAUCAAGCCAAUUGGUGGGCAAAAGACUCGGAUCAUUGUGAUGGGCAACUUAUUCUGCUCUGAAUACCGAAUCCAUAGGCGAUUCGACUUGAAAGGAUCCUCCCAUGGCCGGACAACAGGUACUCCUGAGGGGGAGAUCGACGAAACCACAACUUUGAAGGAUCUUGAUCUCAACUUCGUGUUUCGCCUUCAACGCAACUGGUUUAAUGACUUUAUGAAGCAAAUAGAUCGAGAUUGCAAGUUCUUGGAAUCUGAAGGAAUCAUGGAUUACAGUCUUUUGGUUGGUCUUCACUUUAGGGAUGACAACACAUAUAACAAAAUGGGGUUAUCUCCAUUUCUUCUGCGAACUGGCAACAAAGAUUCAUACCGGAAUGAGAAGUUUAUGCGUGGCUGUCGUUUCCUAGAAGCAGAGUUACAAGACAUGGAUCGAGUCUUGUCUGGACGAAAGUCAUUGAUCAGAAUAGGAGCCAAUAUGCCAGCAAGAGCAGAGCGUUUAACAAGGCGAAGCGACUUCGAUCAGUACACUCCAGGAGGAAUGAAUCAUUUAGCUCCAUCUCGCAGUGGUGAGAUCUAUGAAGUAGUCCUCUACUUUGGCAUCAUUGAUAUCUUACAAGAUUACGACAUAAGCAAGAAACUAGAACACGCAUACAAGUCCUUACAAGUUGACCCCAGUUCAAUCUCAGCUGUCGAUCCCAAGCUCUAUUCCAAGCGAUUCAGAGAUUUUAUUGGGAGGAUAUUUAUUGAAGACAGGUAAAUGCAUUGAUAGUCGUUAGUUCAAUACAAAGAUUAAUGCUGUGGCUGUCUGUCUGGCUGGCUGGUUGGCUGGUUGGAUUGAGAUGUAAAGUAAUGAACUUAGGACCCCCCUCCUACCACAGCUCAAUAACAACAACACUAGGGAGAAAAAGGAAGCUGCACGGAUGGUUGGCGUCAUCCUAAACUUCCACACCGUCGUCGAAAGACCGUGUCGAGAAGGAGGGAGCUGGUUGAGACAUUUGUACAGUGUGUUUGGUGCUGUGUUGAAGAUUUUUUGGUGUGAGAAGAGACAUGGGGUGAUAGUAGUAGUAGUAGUUAGUUAGUAUAGGUAUAAGGAAGAAGAGAAGUGGAGAAAGAAAGAGGAAUAAAACAACGAUAGUGUACAGAGAGAGAGAGUUUGAUGGGGAUUAACCAAAUUUGUGUUAGAAAUGAGAGAAAAACAGA